AUGCCCUUCUUCAAGCAGCUUCGGCGCCGUUCCAAGGCCAGCAUCCACAAGCCCGACUCCAAGAACGCGCAUAAUGUGGAAAUGGUCUUGGGGAAAUCAUCCUCGACGAUCGACACCUCCUACAGCUCCGUCACUCCGCCCUCAUCCAUCAAACCAACCGCUUCCUCUCCCAACUUGCCCUCAUUGACCGAAUCCAAUUCCAAUGGCGCCAGUACAGCCAGUACCCCCGUUCCACCCCAACGAUCAGGACCUUUUCCAACCCAUUCACAGCGUAACAGUGUCAUUGGCAGCAGUUCCUCCUCCAUUAAUGGGGCAUAUCGCUCCCACACCCCCAGUUCACCAUAUGCCCCGAAAAUCGUGUCCAUUGCCGACAGUGCAUGGGUACAUCAAAAAGUGCUCCUUGUAUAUGGUCAGAUCGGAGACCCACGACAUCACCCGCUGGACGGAAAUGUCACGGUUUACCACCACCAAGAUAACUUCCCGUCACUUGCUUGGCCAGUCACGGCAUCACAUUUCAAAGCCCUUGUUCAUUUAGUUCCCGGUCCCAAUCGCCUACGCUUCGACUUUGUCUCACCCAAGUUGUCAUCUGGGAGUGCACAUCCGGCCAUUCACUCAGCAUGGAUUUGCGUCAACUAUCUCCCGUUGGUCAAUUCGCCACCACUGCAACUCGUAAUUUUGCUCGGGAAGGACUCGGACGGCACGUACGAUGCGGUGCCCGAGAGAGCAGCACGAGAAGGCAAUGGGCUGGACAUGGCAAUUCGAAAAUACCGGAUGGCAUCAUAUCUGUGGCAGGCAUUUACGGGGGAGCAGAUGUUCCGCAACAACUUCGGCCGCCGUUGCUUCCGGUUCGAGGAGGAGUGGCAGUCGGGCAGCCUCAGUCGGCGCGAUGCCGCCUCAGGUCAAAUGCGCAAUGAGGCAAAGAUUCACAUCGUUCGCUCGGAGAAGACAGUGGCCGAACUGCGGGAAUUGAAAAUCGCCCAACAAUCCAGCAGUGCCACCAACAAGGAUGGCUUGUUCACGAUCGCCAAGGAAGCAGUCCAGCAGCAUUUUCGGCCGCAACCUGGCCAGAAACAGUAUGUCUCGGUUCUCCUCUUGGAUUCCCAUUGGGACACAGAGGCACAGACUAUCACCGGUCAUGCGGCACUGGGCUCGGCUGGCGAUGAUAUCAAGAUGGCGAUCUUCGGGUCCCACAGUCUUCAAAGCUAUCCGUCAUGUCUGGAAGAAGUGGUGGACGCACUUUCCGACUGCACACGGACGGAUACGAAUCAUGUCGCCAAUGACUCUGGCGAAGCGGGCUCUAACUGGGAGUCGGCAAAUCUCGGCAUCGGUGCUCACCUCCAUGAAGUCGGCCAUCUCUUCGGAUGCCCUCACCAAGAAUCAGGAAUCAUGCUGCGUGAUUAUGUGCGUUUCAACCGUUCAUUCCUUACCAGAGAGCCCUUCUGCACCCGCACCAAAGCCCAGGGGCUGAAAGUGUGUUUACCCAACGAUGAGUGUGGCUGGCACCGACUCGAUGCGCUGCGCUUCCGAUUCCAUCCCUGCUUCCGGCUGCCCAGUGACGCCUCGGCAAGUUCCGACGACAGCGUCCAGGUGUGGCCCGUGGAGCAUGGUAAGGUUCUGUUCACCGCAUCGUCGGGGAUUGCGUUCAUGGAGCUCUAUGCGGAGGGUGAAAACUUCUGUCACAAUUUUGUCGAAUACUUGAACACCGAGUCGAGCAUCAAUGGGCUCCCGAAGCAAAUCACGGUGACGGAGAGCGAGCUCCGCCAGCGGGUGUUUGGCAGCGAAAAGGAGAAGAAAAAGAAGAUCCGCUUGGUGAUUGUGUCGGGUGCAUUGGGUAGCUAUACAGUCGAAGACACGGGUCACUUGAAGUCCAAGUACUCGUUGGUCAAGCUACCCAAAGGCCAGUCCGGCUACAAAAGCGGGAAAUUGGGGCAGUCGACGAUGGAAGGCAGUGAGCCCGAGCAACUGCUGCUGGAGUGCGCCUUCAUCAAGACCAAACUGUUGACCUCGAUCAAGAUCUAUCAUGGUUACGCCUUGGAUGGGAUUGAAUUCUGCUACGAGGACGCGACCAGCCAACUUUUUGGCAAGCGCGGCGGCAAAGUGGACGAUUUUGUGCUUGAUACUCGACGAGGCGAGAUCUUGCUUGGUUUCUAUGUACGAGCGGGCCUCUGGAUCGAUGGGAUUGAAAUUCUCACGAGUCUUGGGAGGAAAUCGGGAUUCUAUGGAAAUGCUGUGGGAGGCUCUGGGUAUGACCCCAUCUGGUGCGACUUGGAGCAGGUUCCAAACUGA